UGUUUGCAUUUGGAGUACUAAAUCAUGUUUAUGCCUAGGUAGGCUACACCCAGUUUCUAAUUCCUAAUACACAAAGGAAUAAAAGAGGUCUGAUACAAAAAAUAACUCUUAGCACUACAGCUAAAACCUAUUGUAGACCAACAUCAAGACAAACACCCCAUUGUGCACCCCAACUUACAAUGGUAUAAUCCAUUGUUGGGUGGCUUUUGACAGGGGUGGCUUUUAACAGGGGUAGCUUUCUUCCUACAUUCAUUUUCUGAUUAUGUCAUUUAUGAUGACUUAAUCAGAAAAUAUGGUUGGUUAAAUCAUGUAUCAUGCAUAGGAAUGUUGGCACCUGCAAGGCUCUGGUUUACUUGUUGUCAACACUGUAUAAUUUUCAAGGAUACUGAGAUUCUGUUUAUCUGUAUUUUGAAGGUUAUUUUAGUGAACUUUCCUAGGCCAGCAUACAAGCUGUUUGCUACUCAGCUAAGCACACUCAAGCCCUAUCAACAAGUUGAACAGAUAAAGCUAGGCCCAAUCCAAGUGAAACAACAAAUUGUUUAUCAGAAGCUUUCAGAAGACUUCCUGUUGUGCUGCCAAUGCACUGUGAGUGAACACAAGAGAUAGCUAUCGUACCCAUAAACAAUUAAGUACAGUUGCAUGUUCAACCUUAAAAAUAAGAAACAGCCAAAACAAAUAAAACAAAUAGAACAAAGUGAAGUUCAAACAGAAGUGGUAGUGGAAGACGUGACUCAGACAAUUACUGUCUCAAGUGACACAAUGACAGUUACUGUCUCAAAUGACACAAUUCCAUCUUCCUCACAGAUAGAGCAAAAUGAAGAGGAAGCUGUUGCAAUUGAUACUUUGCUAUCAGAAUUGUCUGCAGUCGAUGUUCAUACUUACAAGAUUCUUCCAGAAGGUUCCCAACGUCAUAGACCCCUGUUGAUUGAUAGCUCUGGCAACAAAUAUAAUAAAAAGCCAAUAGACAAAAGAACAAACUCAAAAAAAAUUACAUGGACCUGCCAUGUUCGUCGUAAAGGAGUUUGUUGUCUUGCGAAGGUGGCCCAGAUCGGUGACACUUUCAUUCCUGGCAGUCAGCCUCACAAUCAUGCUGCUGUUCUGAAAGCCAAACCCCCAAAACCAGAGAAUGUUGAAGGUGUAAAAGUUAUUCAACCAAGACACCCAAAAACCAUAAAGUUUUAUAUGAAUGGUAAACAUGUCCCAACUGAUUUCUUAAUUGCAGAUGUUGAGAUUCCCAAUGCCCGUCAUUUACUCUUCGCCACACCAGAGCAGCGUAAAAUACUUAAAAAGUCUAAAACUCUGUUUGCAGAUGUAACAUGUAAACUGAUGAGAGACCCAUUUAAGCAGAUAUUCACUCUCAGUACAUAUCUCAAGGAAGAUGAUAAUGUUAAGCAGUACAUCCUGCUAUUUGUUGUGAUGUCAAGGAAGACGACUAGUGAUUAUAUAGCAGUUUUGGAGAAAAUUGGAGAAUUAAUACCAAGGCUGAAGGUGAAGAAAGUAAUACUUGGUUAUGAUGAAGAAUUGUGGGAAGCAUUUGAUACGAUUUUUCCAGAUGUAAUUCUGCAAGGUUGCGUCUACCAUUGGACAGAGGCUGUCUACAUGCAAGUUGUUAAUCUUGGUUUAAAUUUAUCAUAUACUAUUUCAUCGCCAGUGUUCACACACAUCAAGGAACUGCUAGCACUGCCAUUUUUGCCAGCAGAGCACAUCCUCACCAUUUUUCAGGAAAUCUCAAGCAAAGCACAACCAGCACUCCUACCACUUAUUGAAUAUUUUCAAGAAAUGUGGAUGAAUAAUCCUCAGUGGCCUAUAAUCUCAUGGUGCGUUUAUGGUAUGGCUACAAGAACAAUUAAUGAUGUAGAGGGUUGGCAUCACAGGCUGGUCCCAAAAGCCAGUCUUAACCGCUUGAUUGGUCUGCUUUGGGAAGAAGCACAGCUGGUGACCCCACAGAAAAGACCUUUCAACUUUGAAAAAUUGACUCGUUAUCAAAGAAAAUGCAGAACCACAAGACAGUCAAAGUUCUUUAAACUAUGGGCCAAGUAUGAAAAUGAAGAAAUAACACUUAAUCAUUUGCUAAAACUAUGUUGUAAUCUUAAUAAUCCGUUGUAAAGCCACCUAAUGAAAGGAUGUCAAAUAAUAAUAAUUUGAGUUAUUAGAACACACCACCUAUAUAUAGCCCAGAACAAUAUUUUCACUCUUAUUGGGCACACCUAAAUGUAGCUAAAUUAUAUAUUGUUAACAUAAUUAUGUAAUCAAGGGCUUCUUGUUUUUUUUCAAAUGGGUUAUUUUCAACAAAAGAACCCAUGAUACGAUCUGAUUUCUGUAGUACAGUAUAGUAAUAAACUUUACAUUUGCUUAUUGCUGACAAUAACAUAUAUUUAGGCCAAGACAGUACAGUACUGUACACUUUAUGGUGGCAUAGCUCUGAUUUCACCUUUGUUAUACUCAAAUAAUUGUUGGCGAUCUAUAUGUGGUAUUUUGCUAACAAGGAAUACUUUACUGUAAUAAAAUUUUUCAUUUGGGAGUUGGGGGUAUAUGCACACAAGAUAUUUUUGUUGCUAGAUUCAUAUAUCUGUUUGGUUUCAUUGAAGUUGAGUCCAAUGUAUUAAAGAGCUUCCUCUGAACCUUAAGCAAUCACUUCACCACUAAGACACACCUUUUUUAAUUAUCUCUUUUUUGGAAUGACACCAUGAGCAAUGACUGUUGGAAUGGUGUCAUACUGUACUUACUGUAAAUGGAAUGAUUCAUUGAUUGACAUGUGUAUAUGCGUGUAUAAUAGUUAUUUUGGAAUAUUUCACUGUAAUUUAUGUUUUUUGGGUUGCACACAAGAUAUUUUUGUAGCUACUGUAGGUGUUUAAUUAAAUUUCAUUUUAUUUGGUUUUAUUUAAGUUCAGACCAAUCUUAGUAACAGCUAAUUAGAAUAGAGUGUAAAACAUGUUAUAUCGUCAUUGUAGACUUAUAAAAUCCGCAUACGCCUUAAAACUAAAAGAAAAUGCAUACUUUUGGAGUCCGUACUGAGCCCAAAAAAUCCGCAAUGAAAAUAUAACGUGUUGUAAACUCCAUAUCAAAUUCUUUUUCAAUCUCAUGUGUAACUAUUAUGUUUUAUCCAAAUUCUAAUAAAAUAUUCAUGCAUUAAUGAUGUAUUAUUAGUCAAAUCAACAGGAAAAUACCUCAGCCAACAAAAAAGUAAAAUUUUGAAUUGCUCAUUUAAAAGAAUCAGAUAAAUUAUUAGCUUCCAAUGAGAAACGGUUUGCGGUAGAAGCGGUUUGGCACAGCGGGAAUGGAUUGGUUUCCCAACCUAGAGGUCAGGUUUAAAUCCCUCGCUGUGCAUUUUGAUUGUGUACUUGUGCAAGGCACUUUAUCUACAUUGCUUCUCUCCACUUAGGAGUAUAAAUGGGUAGUUGGUGGGGUUGCCUGCUCCUGCACUAAUUACCAGCAACAACACUUAAAGCCUGUGGAUGCAAUGACCAGGAAAAAGAACUGUGCUUUUUAACCUAAACGAAGAGGUGGAUUAUAAAUGCCUAUAUCAUUACCAGAAACAGAUCCAAAAAAGGUAGUUUUCACCGAUUUACAAAAGUUUUACUACAAAAUAUCCUUAAAUUGAUUACCAGCCAAUUUAAGGAUCUAUGAAAUUGAGUAUAGGAAAAUUAUUUAAUUGUCUGAAAAUUGACACAGGAAUUCGUUUUCUCAUCCAAAUAUUAAUAACUUACUUGAAUACAAAUUAAGCAAUUCAAAUAAGAAAUUAAAGUUUUCAAUUUUUUAACCUCAUGAACACAAUGGAAGUACUACUGUACUGAUAAAUACUGUAUAUUGCGUGUGCUUUGUAUACAGUUGAUUAGGUUUUAACAUGGUUUACAGUUGUUGCUUUUAAAUAUACAGUAAAUGUUAAUUCAUUUGCCUUUAUUCUGUUUUCUCAAACAAAUUUAAUUCCAAAGAAUUGGAUAACAACAAUUAUCAACUACUAUUUUACUGGUUAUCAGCAUCAUUAUGCUAGGUGACAUAUUGCAAAGAACUGCUAGUAACCUUAUACCCAUACAUAGUGGCAUAACCUCAUUUACUUUAUUAUGGUAAUGAGAAUAUGUACCUCAGUGAUGUACUUGUAACCUUAAUAAAAAGCAGCCAUGUGUG